GCGAGUACCGUGGCUUGCUGGUUGAAAGCUGGAGAGUCCCUGUGGGUGCCAGAGGUGCAGGAAGGUCGGCCAGGAGAGUUUAUCGCAGUAGUUGGAAGGGAGAAAUGAUGAUGGCGCGGGAAAGGGUUGUAGCAUUGACAUGAAAAGCCACAUUCAGAAUACGUGUGGAGAUGAGCCGACAGCACUUACUGAUGAAUUGGUACGGAACAUGAGGGAAGAAAAGAAAAAAUCAAGAUUUACUUGUAGCCCGAGGAACUGGAUAGAUGGUGGUUCCGUUCCUGAGAGCGGGUUGUGUUGGAGACCAGGUUUGGUGGAUGUGAAUGGGAGGCAGGCUAGACGGUAGUGGUUCUGUUUGGGCCGUGUCCAGAUGCCCAUGGCGUGUCCAAGGAGAGAUGUGAGUAGUUGGUAGAUAUAGGAGCCUAGGACUUAAGAGAGGUCUGGGCUAGGGAAUCUGUGUUUGAAAGGCAUCAAUCAGCGUGAAGAUGGCACUUAAAGCUCUAACAUUGGACAAGGUGACCUAGGGAGAGAAGGCAGGUAGGGAAGAAAAGAGGGCCCAGGACUCCACUCUGAGUCACUCUGACAUUUUGAAGUUUAGGAGGAAAUAAAAACAAAUAAACAAACAAAUGAAAAAGUGUAUCCACUGAGCUGAGGCAGGAGGAAAAUUGGAAAUGUGUCAAAUAAGCAUGGAGAAAAAAUCUUUUCAAGACAAGGGGUGUAAUCAGUUAUGUCAUAUGCUCUUGUGGGUCCCAGAAGUGUGACUACAGAGAAGUUGACCUUGAUGAGAUGUAGCUCAAUGGUUAUUUUGAUUGAUUAUCGCUCUUUUGGUGGAGUAUAAAAUUCUGUUGGGAUGAGUGCAAAGAAUGGGAAGUAAUGAAGUAGAAACAGCAAGUCUAGACGAUACUAGGAGUUUUGCUGGCAAGGGGAAAAAAGAAAUCGUCAUUGGAUGGGACUUGAGAUUAUGGGAGAUUUUCUUCAGAUGAAUGAUAGAUAUUAAGGUAACUCUGUAUGUUGAAAUGAUCCAGUAGAAAGGGAAAAGUAGAUGGUAUAAAAGAAACGAGGUUGACUGCAGGGGUGAAAGCCCUGAGAAGGCAGUCGAAAAUGGGAUCCAGAGCUUAAGUGGACAGACUGGCCUUAGGUGAGACAAAGGACAAUUCUUCCACUUUAACACAAGGGAAGACAGAUUCUGUGGGUUUGGAAACACGAUAGUGGAAUUGAUGGUAACAAGGCAAGGUAGUUCUGGUCCAUUUGCAUUUAUUUUCUCUUUGAAGUAGACAAAUGCAUCAGCUGAGGGUGGAAAAGGAGUAGAUGUUGCAAAUUUCAAAGAGAAAGGGGAGAAUGUUCGGCAUAAUCAUCUUUGAAAGAGGAAUAGGAAACUGACAGUAUUGAAUGCUCAUUUGAGAUGUCACCUCUUCCAGGUUACAGACUUCUGUCCUCACUGGCAGAAAGAGUAGAGAGAGCAAGUGAGCUUUCUCCUGAUUCUAAUAAGGGCACUAAUUCCAUGCAUGACGAUUCCACCCUCCUGACCUGAUCCGAUUGUAAUAUCCUCCCAAAGGCCCUCUCUCCUAAUGCCAUCCUAUCAGAGGGUGGGGUUUCAACAUAUGAAUUUGGAGGAGGCACAGUCAGUCCAUAACAGGGACUAAUAUGAUUUUUGUUUCAGAAGAAAAAAUGCAAAAUUGAGCAGAGAAUGGGUAUUCUAUAUAACAUCCUAUCAACAGUGAAUGGUCAAGGGACCGGUAACAUUCAAAGACGUGACUAUGGCCUUUACCCAAAAGGAAUGGGAGCAACUAGACCCAGCUCAGAGGAGCCUGUACAAGGAUGUGAUGCUGGAGAACUACAGCAACUGCGCCUCAGUGGGGUGUCAAGCUGCCAAGCCAGACAUGAUCUCCAAGUUGGAAAAAGGAGAAGAGCCAUGUUUGGGGAAGGGGAAAAGACCCAGACAAGGUGGAACACCACGUGAAACACCAAGACCCAAGCAAAAAGGAGCCAAUGGAAAGGAAGUCCAGCAAGAUGAUGACCAGCUAGAGAAUCACCAGGAAUCUCAAAACAAACUCCUUAGGGAAAUUACAUUAAAGAAAAAAACUUUGACCAAGAAGAAAGGCCAUGAAGGUAGUUCAUUGGGGGCAAAAAAUGUGAGUACAACACAAGUUUCUUCCAAAAAAAAGCUUCUUAAAUUUAAUUCAGAGGGAAAGAGUCUGAAACAGAAGAAUUUUGACUCACCUGGUCAUAUAAGAAACCGUGCAAAAAAGAAACCUGAUGUAGCUAAAGAGCACAGGAAAUCAUUGGGCCAUACCUUAUCUGAGACAAAAAAAGACAAAAAUAAAACUGGAAAGAAACAGAAAUUAUCUAACCAUAGCUCAUCUGACAGGUGUGACAAAGCUCAAACUGGCAGGAAAUGUGAGAACUUGGUUCAUCAUGGCUCGUCCCGUACUAAAUGGGACAACACUGAAACUGGGGAGAAACAGGAAAAAUCAUCCAGCCAUAGCUCACCUCCUACAAAGUGUGACACCGCUCAAGCUAAAGUGAAACUUUAUGAAUGUAGUCAGUGUGGGAAAACUCUCAGCCACAAACAAGGACUUGUAGACCAUGAAAGAACUCAUACUGGGGAAAAACCAUAUGAAUGUGAUGAAUGUGGGAUAGCCUUUGGCCAAAAGUCACACCUGGUUGUACAUCAGAGAACUCAUACUGGAGAAAAGCCAUAUGAAUGUAUUCAGUGUGGCAAAGCUCAUGGUCACAAACAUGCCCUCACUGACCAUCUGAGAGUUCAUACUGGGGAAAAGCCCUAUAAGUGUACUGAGUGUGGGAAAACCUUCAGACACAGCUCAAAUCUUAUUCAACAUGUAAGAUCUCACACAGGGGAGAAGCCCUAUGAAUGUAAGGAGUGUGGGAAAUCCUUUAGGUAUAACUCAUCUCUUACUGAACAUGUGAGAACUCAUACAGGGGAAAUACCAUAUGAAUGCAGUGAAUGUGGACGAGCCUUUAAGUAUAGCUCAUCUCUCACUAAACACAUGAGAAUCCAUACAGGUGAGAAACCCUUUGGAUGUGAUGAAUGUGGGAAGGCUUUCAGCAAGAAGUCGCACCUCGUGAUACAUCAAAGAACUCAUACUAAGGAGAAACCAUAUAAAUGUGAUGAAUGCGGAAAAGCCUUUGGACACAGCUCAUCCCUUACUUACCACAUGAGAACGCACACGGGUGAAAGUCCCUUUGAAUGUGAUCAGUGUGGGAAGGCCUUCAAACAAAUUGAAGGCCUUACUCAGCAUCAGAGGGUUCACACUGGGGAGAAACCCUAUGAAUGUAAUGAGUGUGGGAAAGCCUUUAGCCAAAAGUCCCACCUCAUUGUACAUCAUAGAACUCAUACUGGGGAGAAACCCUAUGAAUGUAAUGAAUGUGGAAAAGCCUUCAAUGCAAAGUCACAACUUGUUAUACAUCAGAGAUCCCACACUGGAGAGAAACCCUAUGAAUGUAAAAAAUGUGGAAAAGCCUUCAAACAAAAUGCAUCCCUUACCAAACAUGUGAAAACUCAUUCAGAAGAGAAAUCUCAUGAGUGAAAUAAUGUGGGAAAUCUUUGAAUUGAACUGAAGGUUUUAUUUAACUUUAGAAGUAUUUUGAAUUAAAAGGUGUCGGAAAGCCUUGAACAAGAAGUCACACCUCAUUAUACACGAAAGAAUUUGAAAAUCUUCACAUAGAAGCAAUUGAAAGUUUAAACUUGAUACUAAACCUUUUGUAGAAAAGUUUUACAAAUUAUUGUAAAUGACCUGUUUACAUUGUAAUAUAAAGUUUUAAAAAUUGUUAAUAAGUUAAAUAAGCAGAGCCCUAGAGAAACAUUCAUAUGCUGAAAAUUUGUGUUGCUUGAGUGUUGUAUACUCAACAUAUGAGAAUUGAAUUUGCAUACCUGUUCACUGCUAUGUGUAAGUGUUUGUGGUCAUUGGUAUGAGCUUCAUCUUUGAUAUCAUCACUCAGCUCUUAAUGUUUUUGUUAUCUUCUGCAUAAGCAGAAAACUUUAUAAACAGGUUGUUCAUGUAAAAAAUAUUAACACAAAAUUAGGAGAAAAUGAAAGAAAGCAGCUGAGGAUACACAGGUGCUGGUAGAAAAUGAUGUUCAAGUUAAACUGUUAAGUGAAAAGGGCAGCUGGUUGAAAUACACCCGCUUGUGUACAAAAGGGUGCAUGUUUGUCUCUCUGUCUCUCUGUAUGUAUGCCUAUAUACCUGUAUUUGUAUGUGAAUAGACCUUGUUUGAAAAAUAGACAUAAAACUUAAGGGUGGCUGCUCUUGGGCCCAGGAGGACAGGAACAGAGUCUGGGCUGGGAGGGAGGCCUCCUGUUCACUGUGUACUGUUUGAACGUUUCCAUCAGGUACAUGUAUUAUUCCCACAAUUAAAAUCCUUUUGAUAUGCACAAAUCAACACUAAUUAAAAUUUUCACUGAGCCCACACUGUGAUGUUUGAUAAAGUAGAAGUUUCUGUGCCUAUUUAUGAAUGAUGAUGAGUCUAAGAAUAUUACAUUGAGUUCACAAAGACUUUUCCUAGUAAACAUGUUCUUUCAUUAAAAUAAUAAAUUACAAUUAUAACUCAGCACUGUUUCUUUUACUUGCCAUUUUUUCAAAGAUUGAAGAUGAAUUGUUACUGAUGGUGAAUGACCGUGAUUUUCUGGACACUCACUCCAGUUUCUCUCAUUCAAAGCACUUAAAUACAAACACCUGCAUCUGGAACAGCAAGCACAUCGCAGCAAGGGGCACAGUUCCCUGCCCUUGCCUGACAGCAGCCAUUGCGGAAGGACCACUGCACUCUUUCUGAGUUAAUCACGACUUGGCCUCAGAAUCAUUCUUAAGCAUGCUUUCCAGAAGGUAUUAUGCAUCAAUAUGGGUUCACACAGGAAACCUAUUUUCCACUGCAUACUUAGAGUGUUUUACCCAUGAGUCCUAGACAAAAAAAUGCAGCUGUACUGCUUUACAAUUUACUUGUUACGCUAUGAACAGUGACAAGAGAACAAAAAUGGUUUUGUAAUUUAAGGUAAUGAUUUUGGCAUGUACGUCAUCUUUUGCAUUUUUCACAGCACAUUCACUACAUUACCUCGUGUUCCUCAGAAUAAACAUAUGAGUCAGUAGCAAGACUUUGUCCAGUCACGGUCAGUACUGCUCAAUAUAUAUUCCACCUAGAUAUUGAUCUAGCAUAUGAUGGGUUCUCACCAAAUAUGUAAUUAAAUGCCAUCUUUGCGAAUACUUCCCAUUUGAGUGCCUGCCUUCCUGACCUCCUCAUUUCAGAGAAUUGAAAGGUACUGAUAUUGAGAAUUGAAUUGGCAUGAAUGUAUGCAUGUAUUCAACGAUCAACUCCUGUAUCAUGCCCUCAUUACAAAGUAAGUUGGGAGGAAAAUGCAAUGGGAAAGACUUUUCCAUUAAUAAUCUAUCAAGUGGAGGUCUAGCAGUAUGCAUUGGAUGAUCAUCACUGUCCAGAGCUGUAGAAAAUCUGCACUUUUUGGAGGGAUAAACCAGUUGCAGGUUAUGGUUAGGUUGAGUUUCCCACACCUCUUGGAGAACUCAUAAUAGUGCCACACCCAAAACAGUCAGGAGUAUAGGUGUGCCUGAACAGUAGAAAUGAUGCUGAAAGCCAUCCUGUGCAGUAAAAAAAUAAGUUUUAAAAGUUAACAUCAGUGAAUGAGGAAAUGAUGUCUAAAAAUGACUAGAGGUGAACAAUGAAAGAAAAUAGACAUACCGAGUGACCCUAAAGCUGUUGCGAUAGCACAAAAGCAAGAAGAGAAUACGUAAAUGAAUGAGCAGGCACUUUUAUCAAAAGAGCGGGCAAGAUUCUCCCAAGGGCUGUAGACUGUAGACCCUUGAAUUAUAUUUCAUAUAUAAAAGAACUAGUAAGUUAGGGCCUUGCAAAGCAAAUGAGACUCCCCUAAUCUUUGGUAAUGAAUUCCCUCCCUCUCCAAACAGGAGUGUGUGUGUGUUCCUAGCAGAGGGAACCACCUGAAUU